GCUCGGGGCCGCUCUGUCCAAUCCGGGUCGAGGGCGUCACGCAGAGGCGGUCCCUCCUUCGCCCCGCAGCAGCUCAGUCGGCGGUCGGUACACUUCGAGGCGGCUGAUGGCUCUGCUCGUUCCGGACCGACGCUGCGCCCUCUCCAUGCAGCCCAGAGAGGCCGAGUUUUCCACGGACGGGCUACCCAAAGCCUUCCUGCAGAGCAUGCGGACCCUCUUCGAUAUUCUGGAUGACCGGCGGAGGGGCUACGUGCACAUCUCCGAGAUCGAGAGCCGAUGGCAGGGCACCGACACCCGCGAGCUGCCCCGGGGGGUUCUCGAGUGCCUACGGAGGGUCGCCCCGGCACACGGCUGCCUGUCGUUCGAGAGGUUCGUCGCCGGCCUGCGCUCUUCGCUCCUGCACCCCGAGAAUGGGCGCAGCGGAGCGGCGUGCACGGCCAACAGAAGUCGAGUCCCGGGGCUCGCCCGGACAAAGCACCCGAGCGAGACGGAGGAGCCCGCCGAUUCUAGGAAGACGGGGCUGCGCUGCAGCAGCGGAUACGAAAAGACGGGCCGCGCCACGGGGGGUCGCGUUCGGUCCAUCGAGUCGCUGGCUUUGGAGUCCGGUCCCCCUGGAGCUGCCCCAAUGCCGCGGUCCCAAAGCGAGGUGUCCACAGGACUUGGGGAUUCCCGGAGACACGGCAGAGGGCGGGACGAGCAGCGGCGACACACCAUCAGCAAUGGCGUGGACUACAGCCUGCUGAAGCGGAUGAAGGAGCUCGAGCAGGAGAAGGACUCGCUGCUGCAGGGCGUCGAGGUGGUGGAGCGUGCCCGCGACUGGUACCACCAGCAGAUCCAAGCGGUGCAAGAGCGGCAGAAGCUCGUGGGCCAGGAUUCCGGUGGCACAGAUUUGUUCUCGGAGGCCUGCCAGGGCCGUCUAAACCAGCUGCUGCCCAAGCUCCAGGAAGUCAACCGAUGCAUCAAUGAGCUGCUCUCGUCUUCGGGCAAGCCAUUCACGACAUCUGCAGUGCCAAACCCGCCACAGUCCACCGUCGGCCUGGCAAACUCCCAGCAGGCCGUUCACAUGCUUAAGGAACAGAACCGUCUUCUCACCAAGGAAGUGACCGAUAAAAGUGAGCGCAUCACUCAGCUGGAGCAGGAGAAGUCGGCCCUCAUCAAGCAGCUGUUUGAGGCCCGCGCCAGGAGUAACCCUGAGACCAGCGCCAUGGACUCCACGUUCAUCUGAGCCGCUGCCCCCACGGGCCGGACUCGCACUCCUUCACGUCUACCUGGGGGGCUAGCGGCCGGUUGGACAUUUAAUGCCAAUUCAGCCUGAAAAUGAGAGGUCAGUGCAUUAGGAGGAAUUCAGUCCAUCGGAUGAGCGCUGGAAUCCGACUUGAACCCUCAGCCAGGCGGCCCCCUGACGUUUUGCUCUUCCUGCUGCUCCACGUUCUGAACUGGCCUCUUGUGCCCUCUGGUGGUCAAUGACGGUACAGCUUUAAACUUUCUCCCCCACUGCCGGCAGAUGCAGUGACUUUGGGCGGGUGAGGCGCGCUGGUAGGCCCGCCAUACUUGAAUUGUCACUUUUUAGAAGGCCGAGGCCCACCCUGGCACAGGGAACGGGGGCGUCGUGAUGGCACUGGAUUGCUGGGUGCUGCCUGUGGGCAUUGCGCCCUAUCUGUGCCAGUGUCAGGGCGGGUGCUUGGUCUCCUCAUUUCACUCCUGUUUCAGCUUCUCCUGCCACGGACGACUGGCGUGGGGGUGGUUAGGGGGUCUUGGGUGUGUUUCUCUAGAUUUUUAACCGUAUUUCUUUUGUAUAUAAUAAUAAAAAUGUACAGACUUGGCUUGCUGUCCCUG